UGACAUCGUACAUUAAACUCGAGGGAAGAAGACGCCACUUAAACGUUUUUAUUUAGCCGAAGCCUGUGUUAGCGAAUAAGUGAUUUCCCAGACACCGGCAAGAUAUAAGAACAUAAGAAAGCACAAGACGGACAAACUGAUAACCUUAAUUUACUCGUUAUUAGCAGCUAUCCGGAUUUUUUGCCGACCGAAAAACAUUGUUUUCUGGACUAAGUUAGCUAGCAUGGCGUGCGGAGCUACUUUGAAGCGUUCAAUUGAGUUUGAGGCCCUUCACAGCCCUCAAUCUCCAAAACGGCGAAGGUGCAACCCUCUGCCAGGGACCCCAGUCACCCCCUCGCCAAAGCGGUGUAACCUGCUUUCCGCUACCGGUGACAGUUCGAUGUCUCCCCAAUCAACUUGUGGAGGAGAACAUAGACUUACCCCAGAGCAGAUCGUCCAGAAUCUUAGGCAAGAAUAUAGCCGUUACCAGCGACGGUGUCAACUUGAGGAGGCCUUCAACCAGAGUGAGUCCCAGACUCCAAGUGAUGGCCCAGGACAAAGCUCUGGUUUCAUGGCACCAAGCUCCCCAUCAGGAGUGUCUAUGAAGAGGGACCAGCCCUGCUUCACAUUGCGCCAGGUAGGCUCCCUGUGUGAACGAAUCCUCAAGGACCACGAGGAGAGCAUCUGUGAAGAGUAUGAACAGAUCCUGAACACGAAGCUGGCGGAACAAUAUGAAUCGUUUGUGAAGUUCACACAUGACCAGAUCAUGCGACAAUAUAGCGCUAGACCCUCCAGCUAUGUCUCAUGAAAUCUUAACAGUAAGCUACCUGCGCUCACCUCAAGACUGCUGCUUUCAAUCUCCCAAGUUUUUCUUCACUACUUCAGUGACAUGAUUUUCUUUUCCUUUUAAAACGCUCAAUAUUCUGAGUUGUACUGUACUUGUGUGGAUGUGCUCUUUGGGAGAUGGAUAGUGGACUUGCCUUUUCAAGGGUUGUGGAAAGCUGGGCUGACGUGACUGUUCAAUUUAACCUGCCAAAACUCACUGCUGCAGCAUUUAACCCUACAUGCCUUUUUACAUUUUUUUAUUUUUACAAAACAUACUUGAAAAGGUGGUUUUCUUUUGAUUUUAGAAAUUAAAGUUAUUUGCGCUUUAUGUAAAUGGUAUGAUAUUAUACAUUGGAACUUUGGUGUACUACAGUCAAUUGCAGUUUUGCUUUUCUUUAUACAUAUUUUGUACAGAGUUUUGGGUGAUUCCCUUGUUUUACAUAUUUUAGGGUUCUUGUUAGACAUUCUACCAGAUUAUGCUGCAAUUGAGGAGAUGCCAACACAGCGUGUGUGUCGGUAUACUGAGCUCUUUGUAAGAUAUGCAGGCUAUUACUCCCAAGAGAACCAAACAUGGAUGGAAGGGCUCAAUUGUUUACUGGUUAUGAUCCUUCUUACAGGGAUAGACUGGAUGAGGGUUUUCGUUAUAGGCCAGCAAAAAAAUGGAGGCUGAAAUGUGUGAAACUGCACAGUCACCUCUUGGUUUGGAAUAAAACAUCUGUAUAGACUUGAUUCUUUUAUCGACAUUGUAGUGACCUUAACCCAACACCGAGCAACCUCGUCAAAAGGUUCGGCUCUCUUGGCGUAAUGGCUACCCCUCCCCCUGAAUUGGCUACAAUAUACCUGGGCCCUUGAGGUUGGUAAUGGAACUCCACUCAUUGUAGAGGCAUGCUCAAUGUUUUUACUCUGUAGCUGGCCCUAUGUACUCUCUUUUUGUAUAUUUGAUUUAUUGAAUGAUUACUUGUGAUUUUAUAUCAACUGAGUGUACUGUCUGAUAUUUUUUGGGAGAGUUUAGUUAGGUGACCCUGUAGUACAGGUGGUGUGUUCUGUGAUUUGGUGAGGGAUUACGUUGUUACACAUCACACCACUGAAUAAAGGGAAUGUACGCCUUAAURGAUGGGUUGAAGUCGAAAUAACAGAUUUUCACCAUUCAAAUGUGAACUAAUGUGUGUCUGCAUAAACUGCAUACAUACAAUGGCACGUCUACCAUUAAGACAUGCCAUUUGAUUUAUUUUUAAUUCUCCAGUUGUGUUGUGGAUUGAGUUGCUCUCUGCUGUACAAGAAGCUCUUGAUAUCACCUUUUUACCAAAAGAAUACCCUGAACCUUCACAAAAAUAUUGUCCUAACUACUGUGUUUUAAGGUCAGUUUUGUUGAACACAAUUAUAACAUUGAAUAAAUACUUGAUUUGAAGGGAA